AUGGAAUCAAAUUGCAUCAGAGAAGCAUCAAAAUCCUGUUUCAAUAAUUGUUGCCCAAAUCCUUUGCUUGGCUUGCCAGAUACUCGUGAUAAGGCAACGAGCACUGGUAUCGGUCCUCGACGUGAUUUUACAACUGCCAUACUUGCCUCGAUUCCAUCAACUGGGAAUUUUACUAAUCCCGAGUCCCUUCCUUCGUCGACAGAAUUGUUUUCUUGCCUUGAAAAUGCAUGUUCACACUACUCGACUACCGUUCUUGCUGAUAAUAUUCGAGCAAAAGAAUACAACCAUCUCUUGGUCUCGAAUCAUGUGUGCCUUGAUUACAUAGGCCAUGGUCUUUUCUCCUACUCCCAGCAGCAGGGACAUAAUCUCACGACUGAAAUUGCCUCUUCUUCGACAUCUACCCAUCCAAGACCUUCACACUCGCCCUUCUUUGACAUUUCAUACAAGUCGGUGAAUUUGAACUCUUUCUUGUUAUAUGGUGGUCAAGAAUCGGAAUUCGAAUCCUCAAUACGAAAAAGAAUCAUGAAAUUCAUGAAUGUCUCAGAAGAGGACUAUUACAUGGUUUUCACAGCCAACCAGUCAUCUGCAUUUAAGCUACUAGCAGACUCUUAUCCUUUUCAAUCUAAUCCGAACCUUCUUACAGUAUAUGAUUACGAGAAUGAGGCAGUGCAAGUGAUGGUCGAGAGCUCUAAGAAAAAAGGCGCACGACCAAUGUCAGCAGUAUUCUCAUGGCCUAAAUUGAGGGUCAAUUCAAGGAAGCUGAGAAAACUGGUUGUGAACAAGAGUAAGCAAAGGAAUCGAGGCUUGUUUGUUUUUCCUCUUCAGUCGAGGAUAACUGGAGCGCGAUAUUCUUAUCAAUGGAUGAGCCUGGCAAGGGAAAAUGGAUGGCAUAUUUUGCUGGACGCCUGUGCCUUAGGAGCGAAGGACAUGGAAACAUUAGGACUCUCUCUAUUCCAACCUGACUUUCUCAUUUGCUCCUUUUUUAAAGUUUUCGGGGAAAAUCCAUCCGGAUUUUGCUGCCUGUUUGUUAAGAAAUCCAGUGUCUCAGAGUUAUGCAAAUCGUCCACAAGCAUAGGGAUCGUCAGCCUAUUGCCAGCAAAUGAACCAUUUGAAGACUUUGCCUUUGCCAGGGCAGAAACCGAAAAAGAAACAUCAAUAUCACAGCAAGAAAUCGGAGAAACUCCCGAACAAGGUCACAUGAAGCUGAAAGAACCUUCAGUUUCUGAAAUCGUGGAAUUGGAUGAAACCCCUGAAACAACACAAUCAAAAAACCGCGAAUGUAGCACCUCAGGAGGAAUCGAAUGCCGGGGUUUGGAUCAUGCAGAUACCCUAGGCCUAAUACUGAUCAGUAGGAGAACAAGAUGCCUAGUAAACUGGCUGGUGAACGCAUUAAUGUCUCUUCAGCACCCUCAUUCAGAAAAUGGGCUCCCCCCUGUCAGAAUCUACGGGCCAAAAAUAAAGUUAGACAGAGGGCCAGCAGUUGCAUUCAAUGUAUAUGACUGGAAAGGAGAAAAAAUUGAUCCCAUUCUUGUACAAAAACUAGCUGAUCGAAACAACAUUUCUGUUGGUAGCGGCAUUUUAACAAACAUCUGGUUCGCAGAAAUUUACGAAGAAGAAAAGCAUAGAAUAAUGGCUACAAGAAGUACAAAGGAGGAAUCUAAGAAGAAAUACAAGGAUUUACCUGGGAUUUCUGUGGUGACGAUUUCAAUUGGGAUGUUAACGAACUUUGAGGACAUGUACAGAAUCUGGGCAUUUGUUUCGAGGUUUCUUGAUGCAGAUUUUGUGGAGAAAGAACGAUGGAGAUACACUGCUUUGAAUCAAACAAUUGUUGAGGUAUAA